AUGAACCCCGACGCGAUAGAAGCAGCGCUUAUCGCUGGGAAACCCCUCCAACCUCCUUUGUCCGCCCCUGACCGCCAACACACCGAGCACGACCCCGAGGCAGACCACGAUGGGGACUCGGACGAAGACGAUGAAGACACCUAUACCGACUCGCACACCCGUCGUCGCCGCGCGGACCCUUCCCUUCAGGCCCCCGGCCCCGACCCGCAGGCCGCACCAUACGCGAACGCCCAAGGGCGCCAGACCGGCGUCAAAGGCGUCCUGGAUGAUCGGCGGGCCUCGGCGCUCGCGUCCCAGCGGGCUCAGCGGGACAAGCAGACCACUCUCGCCGCGGAGCAAGUGGAGCGGGCGAUGGUGGGCAUGACUAUCCACGAGGAGGACGCGUACCGUCGGCGGAUUGAGGAAAGUAAGGAGGAUGGAGAAGCGCGCGAGCGGUGGAGGCGGGCAAGAAGGCACGAGUUGGAGUUGGAGAAGGAGCGCGAGAGGGCGCAGGAGGGUGUGCAGCGCGGUGGGCUGAGAGAGGUGGGGACGGAAGGGUUCUUGGGCGCCGUAGAGAGAAGGGGGUGGGUUGUGGUGCUCAUUUAUGAACCGGAUAUUCCUCGUUGUCAAACACUCCUCGCCUCCCUCCUCGCCCUCUCCCUCACCCACCCCGUAACCCCGGCGUCAUUCUCCGGCCCUUCCAUCCCCUUGGCCCUCUUUCGCGCCCGCGCCAGCUCGCUCCGCUUCUCCCUCCUCAACCCCGGUGAGGCCUCAAGCUCGGGCUCGGUCACGCUACACGAGGAUCACGAGGAUGAUGAUGAAGAUGGUGAAGGUGAAGAUUCAAGGCCGAGGGCUAUCCCGGACCCGGAUGUCCUGCCGACGAUGCUGGUGUACAAGGACGGGGAGUUGGUGCGGAACUGGGUGAGGGUGGAUUGGGAGAUGGGAGAAGAGGGUGUGGAGGGGCUCUUGCAGCGUGAGGGGAUCAUCAGUAAUGUCGCGAGAAACAAGGGAGAGGAGCAGGAUCAGGAAGAAGGGGACGAUGAAUGA